AUGUUAAGUAUCCAUCAUACUGAUGAACAUCAACUAGAUGAUACACCCACACCUAAGUAUCAUGAGAUUCUACUGAGGUCUGCAAUUCCUAAGUUAGAAGAUGGUUCUCAUCAAUCCAAAAAUGCAGUUAAAACCCCAUCUAACUUAGUCAUCGACCCUAUAGUUAAUGUAAACCAUGAUCAAACAAACAAAUAUACAUCGGAUCCUAUCGGCCAACAGCCCAUGACUUCUUCAACUCAGCCCCAGUCAGCGACAGAGUGUCAUAAGGAUGGUAUUACAAACGUCUCACUAGAUGAACCCACCGAACUCACCACCACCCUCCUCCCACUGCAAUCGCCACUAUCACCUACUCCUGUUAACCCUGAAGAGAUUAAUAAACUUAAAACCAUUCUCACCAUAUCACAAACAAAACAAUUGGCAAAUUUCCCCUCAGAAGAAUUGCCACUUGCUACUCUUCCCAGCAACCCAACCUCUCACGAUUGUGUAAUUCCUGAGUUGGGGGAGCAUGAACAAAUCAAAGAACCUAUUCAUGCGGAGGAGCAUCAUACCCAACAUAUUACACUAAAAGUUAAACAACCAAUUAAACACUCUCGACCCUCCACUGAGUCAAGAAAGAAGAAGAAGAAAAAGGUAAUGAAACAUAAAGAUAACAUAACAAUACCAAAUUCAAAAACUUCAGAAAAUAAUAAGACUCAAAGGAAGAAAACAGGGCCGAUAAAACAUAAGAGACUAACAAAAGAAAUACUAAAAUUUCCUCCACCAAUUGAAUUACCGGAUAUAACAAACCAAUUACUAGACGAAGCUCUAAAUGAAAUAAUAAAAGAACCAAAGGAACUUAUUACAGAAGAAGUAAAUAAACCAGCAAAAGAAAAUAAUACAAUAACUACUCAAGAUAAAAUUAAACAAAAUAAAAACAAAAUAGAAAAAGUACCAUUAAUAACAUACUCAAAAAGAGGUAGAAAACAAAAACCAUCGAAGAAGAUGCUAGAAUACUUAAAAGAAGUUAAAAAUAAAGACAGAGAAAUUGUAGGAUAUAUAGCAUUUGCCCUAAUGUCACAACCUAAAUACUUCACUUACUAUCUGAAAGGAGAAGACAAAACUGGUUAUAUUAAUGCAAUUAUUGAGGAACACAAUUCGUUCAUAAAAAUGGAAGUAUACACGGCAAUCACAAAGGAUGAGACAAACGGUAUUAAGCCAAUACCACUAAAGGUAGUACUAACAAAGAAAACAGACGAAAAAUGCUUGUUCCUGAAGUUCAAAGCCCGAUUUGUGUGUAAAGGAUUCAAGCAAAUAUCUGGAAUAGACUUUGAUGAAUUAGAGAUCUCAUCAUCAGUAUCCAGACUGGAAACAUUAAGAAUAUUUAUAGCAUUAAGUGUAUCAAUGAAGCUAGACAUUAAACAAUAUGAUGUGUCAACAGCGUUUCCAAACAGUAAAAUAGAUAAAGAAAUAUUAGUUGGACUACCCAAGGACUUAUUAGAAAUUCUAAACUUACCAAAAGGACAACUAUGGAAGUUAAACAAAACAGUAUAUGGAUUAAAACAAUCCAAUAAGGAAUGGAUAAAUCUGGUGAGAAACUUCAUGACUAAACAAGGAUUCACGGUAAAUAAUGUAGAUGAGAAUAUCUAUCUAAGGAAAAUAGGACAUAAUGUAAUAAUAUGCUUAUCAUAUGUUGAUGAUUUCCUAAUUGCUACAGAUAACCCAAAUCUAAGAAAAGAACUAUUCAAUCAAAUGAACAAGGAAUGGGAUGUUAAAGACAUGGGAAGCGUUAAGAAAUACCUGGGAAUGACCUUUAUAACCUAUCCUGAUGGUAGUGUAUCCCUUGAUCAGAGAAUAUACUUAACCGAACUACUAGAGAGAUAUCAUGAUAAGAAUCAUAAAAUACGUGCAACUCCAAUGUCUGAAAUUCCCAUCCCAUUAAACGAAGACAAUUCGACACCUCUAGACAAAGACGAAACAUCAGUAUAUAGAUCUAUUGUUGGUGCAAUCCUAUGGGCUAGUCUCUGUACUAGAGCUGACCUGUCCUAUGCUAUAUCUAAAUUAGGAUCAAAGUCCUCCAAACCCACAAUAGAUGACAAGAAAAUUUUAAUGCACACAUUAUCCUAUAUAAAAGGAACAAUUAACAGAAAACUAUAUUUUCAAGCAAAGAAGAAUAAAGAUAAUGAGUUAAUUGGAUUCUCAGAUGCUAGCUUUGGAACAGGUAAAUCAAUACUAAGUCAAUAUGGGUAUAUAUUUACAUGGAGUGGUACUCCCAUAUCAUGGUGUUCGAAAAAGCAAAGGUCAACAUCAAUUUCUAUGUAUGAGUCGGAGUUAUUUGGACUAUCUGAAGUCUACAAAGAAAGUUUAUGGAUGAGAUCAUUAUUUGAAACUUUUAGUCUAAAUACAAAUACGAUAGUGAUAUACGAGGAUAAUAAAAAUGUCAUCUCUACAGCAAUCGGAACUGAAGACCACUCUGCAUCUAAGCAUAUUGGAUUUAGAAAGAAGUUCAUUAAUGAAAUUACCAUGACAGGACUAAGUGUUCCAUUUUAUGUAAAAUCCGAACACAAUAUUGCAGACCUAUUAACGAAACCGCUUGGAGACAUAGCAUUCAAUAAGCUUAUCCUGAGGAUGUUUGGUGAUGAGGUCAAGAACCAAAAAUGA